AUGACUCGAGGUCAUUGUUUCGCCUUUUUAUGCGGGCUAUCCACACUCGUGAGUGCAACAAGUUCCCCAUACUCGGCGACAUGGUCCAGCUCGUCAUAUGGACCCGAUGGUCCGUGGAAUGCCGUGCUCGUCGCACUGGGAAACAAUAAGCAGCCCGUUGCGCUUUAUCCGGGUGAUCGCUGGGCUAGCACCAUCCUCCUCGAUACCAUAUGCUCGACGCCUAAUCUUACUGGCGCUGACUCCGGAUCCUCUUGUCUCGCCGAUGAUGCUGGGACUUUCGAUAUCGCUACGUCCCACUCCGUGUACAUCCCCUCCGACAACUCCAACGAUACGAGCGAUAUGGCGUGGAUCUCGGGUGCAGAUAAUGCGUUUGUGAAUAAGUUCGGCGCCGACGCUUAUGUGAAGGAGGGACAACUUGGGGAUUUGAUAUUUUUCGGUGCGAUCACUGUGCCGAAUGCUAGUAUCUCUGGUAUCUACGAAGCAUACCAGGAGUAUCCAAAUGGGCAGAGAUAUCCGGUGGAGGUUGGUACGUUAGCACUUGGCGGACCAGCGCUCAAUCAGACGGUGGACAACGUUACCUAUAACCUGCUGGGGGCUUAUGCUUGGCAGAAUAACCAGAUCCCCUCCUAUUCGUGGGGUAUGCAUAUCGGCUCCGUGGAGCCAAGUAUUGCAGGCUCGUUGGUUAUGGGGGGCUAUGACCAGGAUCGAGUCCUUGGGAAUGUCAGCAGCCAGCAAGUGAACACAACACAUGGUGUUGGUACCCUGGAUAUCACCUUGUAUGAUAUUGGACUCGGGGUCGCCGAGGGUGAAUCACCUUGGCAGUUCGGCGGCAUGAAUGGACUUCUCAAGACAACUAAUAGCUCUGGGGAUCACUCAGCCUCUGUGCAAAUUGAUCCUACGAGACCAUACCUUUAUCUUCCUCAGGAUACCUGUGAUGCUAUUGCGGGGCAUCUUCCGGUCAUUUACUCUGAAGAUUUGGGCCUUUACUUUUGGAACACCAGCGACUCCCAAUUUCAACACAUCACCGACUCUCCUGCAUACCUUUCUUUCACCUUUGAGAACAACGGAGGGUCAGAUUCAUCCAUGCCCAACAUAACCAUAAAAGUUCCAUUUACUCUUCUCAAACUUACAUUGCAAUCACCGCUUGUUGGCCAAAACGUCACCUACUUCCCCUGCUACCGAUCGGACGAGUACGUACUCGGCAGAGCUUUCUUACAAGCAGCCUUCCUAGGCACGAACUGGCAGGAAGGACAAGGAGGUGGAUUCUGGUUUCUCGCUCAAGCCCCAGGCCCAAACCUGCAGGGCGACAAUGUGACAUCAAUUGCCGUGAGCGACACCACCAUCCAACCUAGCUCAGGGUCCUGGGAAGACUCCUGGUCAGGCUGGUGGACCGUUACCCCAAUCCACCACCAGCACGGUUUAUCACAAGGUGCAAAGAUAGGCAUUGGUAUCGGCUGUGGUAUUGCCGGUGCGCUUGUGAUUUGUGCUAUUGGACUUCUUGUCGCCCGUUUCAUGCGAAAGGGCAAGAAAGUGGACCCUUCAGAAGAUGAGGCAACAGAGUUGACUACUGCAACAGAGUUGACACCUUCAAAUAAUGCGGCGGUGGCUGGUCCAUCUCCGGAUAAUCCGGUUCAGGAUACCCCGGGAAAUCAUGUUCAGCCGGUCGGCGUAUUCGAGCAAGCCAAUGGAUCUAAUAUGCACGAGCAUGUUGAUUCACACGAGGAGUAUGGUGGCGAUAAACCACCCCCGUGGUCUCCACCGCUACACCCAUUACCGGGACCGGUGCAGCCAUUCCCGGGGCACGAUCAGCUAUCAGAACACGUACAAUCAUCGGCGUAUGAUCAAUUACCAGCACAUGAUCAAUCAUCGGGGCAUGGUCAAGUAACGGGUCAUGAUCAGUUACUACCAGGGCAUGACCCUAUGGAUGACAGUGAAGACCAUUACGCUGAAUUGCACAUACCCUAA